AUGGAUCUCCGGAAAGGCUACUGCCAAGUGCGCAUCGCAGAGAGGGACGAGCCAAAGAUAGUGUUUGUGAACAGAUAUGGAGCAUACAAGUGGUUGGUUAUGCCUUUCGGUUUAACCAAUGCACCUGUCACCUUUUCCACGUUGAUAAAAAAGAUGUUUCACCCCUACUUUGACCAGUUUGUGGUGUACUUGGAUGACAUAUUCAUCUACAACAACACCUUCAAGGAGUGGCAAGAUUUUCUAGCAGAAUUCGACUACAUCUUGGAGUAUAAGCCGGGGCGAGGCAAUGUUGUGGCCGAUGCACUUAGAAGAAAGGCCGAGCUUGCUACCAUCACUACAACUGACUGUGACAUUCAAGAUGCAAUCCAGGAUGACAUGCAACACGAUCUAGAGACCAAGAAUUUAAUGGAGCUGGCUGCCAAGGCAAGACUAGGCGCUUUUGGGUGGAAGAAGGCCUCUUGCUUUCUUCCAUUUGGAGGAUAUAUGUACCUAAGUUUGGAUCGAUGA